UUAUUGAAGGACUCCACCAUUUUUGAAGUCUUCCCUAAAAUAUCUUCUCUAAGUACUCUUUAAAUCCCUAUAAACAACAACCCCAUUUCAUAUUUUUGUGAUAAAGAUUGAAUCUUUAUCACAAUGGGGGAUUCAAAAAAGUACAUAACAGCUGAGGAGUUAAAGAAACAUAACAAAAGAGAUGAUUUAUGGAUCUCUGUUCAAGGAAAAAUUUACAAUGUGACUGAUUGGAUUAAGCAACAUCCUGGUGGGGAUAUCCCUAUACUUAAUCUUGCUGGACAAGAAGCAACUGAUGCAUUCAUUGCUUUUCAUCCAGGUACUGCUUGGAAACAUCUUGAUAACUUCUUUACUGGUUAUUAUUUACAAGAUUAUGAGGUUUCUGAGGUAUCAAAGGAUUAUAGAAAGCUUUGUGUUGACUUUGCUAAAGCUGGAUUGUUUGAAAAAAAAGGUCAUGGGGUUAUGUAUUCAUUCUGUUUUAUUGGGUUUUUGCUUUUCUUGACUUUUUAUGGUGUACUUUUUAGUAAUAGUUUCUUGAUUCAUAUGCUUUCUGGAGGAUUAUUGGGGUUAACUUGGAUGCAGAUAUCUUAUUUGGGUCAUGAUUCUGGUCAUUACUUGAUUAUGACAAAUAAGGGUUUCAAUAAAAUGGUACAGAUUAUGUCUGGGAAUUGUCUUACUGGGAUUAGUAUUGCUUGGUGGAAAUGGACUCAUAAUGCUCAUCAUGUGGCUUGUAAUAGCUUGGAUUAUGAUCCUGAUCUUCAGCACUUGCCAGUUUUUGCUGUAUCUUCAAGCCUGUUUAAGUCAUUGAAUUCUACUUUCUAUGGAAGAGAGUUAACAUUCGAUUCCCUUGCGAAGUUCUUUGUUAGCUAUCAACAUUUUACUUUUUAUCCAAUCAUUUGUGUUUCCAGGGUGAAUUUGUUUGUACAGACAUUGUUGUUGUUGUUCUCUAAAAGAAAAGUGCCUGAUAGAUUUUUGAACAUAUUGGGAAUCAUGGUUUUCUGGACUUGGUUUCCACUUCUUGUGCUCUCCUUGCCUAAUUGGACAGAGAGGGUGUUGUUUGUCCUCACAAGCUUUGCUGUGACCGGGAUUCAACACGUUCAGUUCUGUUUGAAUCAUUUUGCUGCUGAUGUCUAUGUUGGACAGCCUAAGGGGAACGAUUGGUUCGAGAAACAAACAGCCGGGACUAUUGACAUUGAUUGUUCUCCUCAGAUGGAUUGGUUCUUUGGAGGAUUGCAGUUCCAGCUUGAGCAUCAUCUGUUUCCAAGGCUACCAAGGUGCCAAUUAAGGAAAAUUUCCCCUAUAGUGCAGGAGCUAUGCAAAAAGCACAAUUUGUCCUACAGGAGUUUGUCCUUCUUCGAGGCCAAUAGGUGGACGAUAAGGACACUCAAGACUGCGGCGAUGCAGGCUAGGGGUCUACUCUGGGAAGCUGUUAACACUCAUGGCUAAUCUACAGUUUUGUAAGUUCAUUGUUUGUUUUCAUUGCAAUUGGAUACUGUCUAUUUCAUGUCUAUUAUAUUAUAUUGGUUGGAACUGAGAGGGAAUAGUUCUACUUUUUCCGCUCCUUGCGAUACGAAUUAUGUGAUUUUUGUUACGGCAACAUACUUGAAACUACUUCAGUAUAAAGUUAGUGCAGAAACUACUUAUAUCAACA